AUGUCAAAAAUUGAAGCAAAUGGUAAUGGAGAUGUCAUUGGUCAGGAUGAAAUGGAAAAUACGCUUACAAAAAAGAAUUUUCAAAUAUUUCACGGAAAUAAAAAAGGAUCAUCUACACAUGUUAUACAUUUUCAAGAAUCAGUUCGUGUUGACAUACCAAACUCACCGAAAACCACAUCUGAUUCAUCUAACACGGAAAAAAGAGCAUGCCGUAUAUGUCAAUCGGAAACCGGUGAACUUGUUCGACCAUGUGCCUGUACCGGAACAAUGGGCGAUAUUCACGAGCAUUGCUUAAAUGAAUGGUUACUUCGAUCAAACAAUAAUGAUCGAUGUGAAAUUUGCCAAGAAAAAUAUUCAAAAUCCGGAAAUAUCUUACAACCAAUAUGGAAGUGGCAAAAACCACAAAUUGAAAUGACGAAUAUUGUUGAAACAUCAUCGGUAAUUUGCUUAUCUAUAUGCUUGUGGUAUAUGAUAACAUUAACUAUUGAAAGAGAAUUUUUUGAUCGAAUUUUCGUGGUUGGUUUACCACCACGCUCACCUGAUAUAGCACGUAUACUUGUAACACUUUUAAUUAUAUCAACAUUAAUUGGUGGCUUGAUGAAUAUUGCUAUGCGUAUUUGGCAUUAUAUUAAUAAACAACGCGCAAUACGCUUUAUUGAUUCUGGUGUUAAUAAAAAAGCAAUGAAAUGA